AUGCAACUUUUGGCCAAGGGUAAUGCCGCCGCUUCAGCCGUAAGCAACCCGACGUCUAACCAGCAUCACCAUCACCAGUCCCUCAGGAGGCUGGGGUUCUGCUCUCAGUUAGCUGCCGGCGGGGCCCAGCACUCUUCCCCCAUUGUUUUCCCCGAAAAGCGCAGCAAAAAGGUCAGGUCAUCUUCCUCCAAGCGGAUUGAGCUCACCAGCGAUCAACCUUUUGAGAACCCUAGCCGGGAUGAAGUGAGAAUCGACAUCGGAGGUGGAAUACCCGCCGCGGGGGACGAGAAGUCUGAUUUGUUGGGGGAUGUUGUUAUCUCCGGCAAGCUCGUUUGGGACAAGAGGAAGACCUCUCCGACCCCUGAUGCACCCAAUGGAAGUCCUGCUAACCAAGCUUCUCCCGAUGUUCCUAAACAGGAGCCAGUGGAUGCUAAGCUUACUAGCAAGGCCUUACUCUGUGGUUCCACUGUGUUGCAUCUUGACGAUAUCAUCUCGGUAACAUAUAAUGCUGGUCUCAGGCAUUUCACUGUCCAUUCGUAUCCCAUAAAGAAGGGCUCUUGUGGUCUGUCUUGUUUCAUCAAACCCAAAAGAAGUCGCAAAGACUAUCGUUUCUUAGCCUCGACUGUGGAAGAUGCAGUACAGUGGGUUGGUGGAUUUGCAGAUCUGCAAUGCUAUGUGAAUUGCUUGCCUCACCCUUUGGCUUCUUCCAAGAAGCAAGCUUCUUCAGAGUUACUUCCCAUUGACCCUCCUCCUGAGUUGCUAUUUAAGUGUAAGAAUCCACCUAAAAUGCUGGUCAUCCUGAAUCCACGUUCUGGACGUGGCCGUUCCACCAAAGUUUUCCAUGGCAUUGUGGAACCUAUAUUUAAGCUUGCAGGGUUUAAGUUGGAGGUAGUCAAAACUACAUCAGCUGGUCAUGCUAAAAGUCUUGCAUCUACUGUUGACAUCAGCACAUGUCCUGAUGGAAUUAUAUGCGUGGGUGGUGAUGGAAUUAUCAACGAGGUCCUGAAUGGUUUGCUCUGUAGAGAUAACCAGAAGGAAGGAAUCUCCAUUCCAAUUGGUAUUAUACCGGCUGGCUCUGAUAAUUCCCUUGUAUGGACUGUUCUUGGAGUACGUGAUCCUAUUUCUGCUGCCAUGGGUAUCAUCAAGGGAGGUCUAACUGCCACGGAUGUUUUUGCUGUUGAAUGGAUUCAGACCGGUAUUAUGCACUUCGGGAUGACUGUCUCAUAUUAUGGUUUUGUAAGUGACGUGUUGGAACUCUCUGAGAAAUAUCAGAAACGCUUUGGUCCGUUGCGUUAUUUUGUUGCUGGGUUUCUGAAGUUUUUGUGUUUGCCAAAGUACAACUAUGAAGUAGAAUAUCUUCCAGCAUCCACAACAGAAGAUCAAGGAAAUCGUCUUGGUGAUAGAGAAGUAGUGGACAUGGCUGAUCUGUAUACAGAUGUUAUGAGGAGGUCAAACACAGACGGUGGCAUUCCUCGAGCCUCUAGUUUAUCAAGCAUUGACUCGAUAAUGACUCCAAGUCGGGUUUCUGGAGACUUGGAUACCACCUGCAGUAGUACUCGUGCCAGCACCGAACCAUCGGAAUAUGUACGUGGCCUCGAUCCCAAAACCAAACGCCUGUCAUCUGGGAGAAAUAAUACCACAACAGAACCAGAACCAGAAGUGAUUCAUCCUCAAAUGCCACUCUCUACAACGCCCAACUGGCCACGGACUCGGUCAAAGUCAAGAACAGACAAAGGGUGGUCUGGAACAAUUUCCACACAAGAUAACUCUAGGUGCUCCUGGGGGAAUAAUGCUACAAACGACAGAGAAGACAUAUCUUCAACUUUGUCUGAUCCAGGUCCAAUUUGGGAUGCCGAGCCAAAGUGGGAUGGUGAAGCGAAUUGGGGGGUGGACAAUCCUAUUGAGUUGCCGGGACCUGUUGAUGAUCUAGAGGGUGGAAUGAGGAAGGAAGUGAUGGUCCCCAGAUUUGAAGAGAAGUGGGAAUUCAGGAAAGGACAGUUCCUUGGGAUCCUAGUGUGCAAUCAUGCUUGCAGAACAGUGCAGAGUUCUCAGGUGGUAGCACCUAAGGCAGAGCCUGACGAUAGUACCCUAGAUUUGAUAUUGGUUCAUGGCAGCGGGCGGCUGAGGCUAUUGAGGUUUUUCUCACUGUUGCAGAUGGGCCGAGGCGGACAUCUUUCACUGCCAUACGUGGAAUACAUAAAGGUGAAGUCGGUGAAGAUAAAGUCUGGGAAGCAGAGUCACAGUGGAUGUGGGAUCGAUGGAGAGCUUUUCGCAUUGAACGGGCAAGUAAUGUCGUCGUUGUUGCCGGAACAGUGCCGGCUGAUUGGUCGGCGGGGGACAUAUGAAAAGUCAUGA